AUGGAUCUCGCCCUCGACGCCUAUACACUCACACCGAACGAGAUACAUCAAAUCUCCCAGCAUAAUGCAUAUGUCUCACCGUUUAAAACAAAGGCCAUCGCCAGCCAAUUUGACGAUUCGAAUGGCGAGGUCAUCCUUGUGUGCCCAACGAACGAUAAUACCACCCGUCUGAGACCGAUGCUCAUCGGGGGAACCUCGUCCAAGGCUCGGUGGGGAUCCAUCAACAAUAUACUCUUCAAGGUCAAAAGAUGGCAGAGUAUACCCCAUCAGAAUCUCAUUGCGAUUCAAGGUCUUUACGCCAGUCUCGAUGUGCCCCUGUUGACCCUUGUAUCAAAUCCUCCGAGACUCACUAUCAUCCAAUAUUUGUUGCAACAUCCAGAAUAUGAUCGACAUAAAGCGUGCGUGCAAGUUUCAGAAGGAUUGGAUUACCUACAUCGGCAUUCCAUCGUGCACGGAGCGAUCCGAGGCUCAAAUAUUCUCGUCAACCCAGACGGCACCUGUGUUCUCGGCGAGUUUUCCGCAGAGCACAUACCCACAGAAUCCACCCUGACACGGUACGCCAAUUGGAUAGCACCCGAACUUGUAUCGGCACAGCGAUUCAAAUCCUUCCUCAUUGAUAAUUACUACCACGACUACAACGGAGAGUACAAAAUGCCGAGUGAUAUUUUCGCCUUGGGAUGUACCGCUAUUGAAAUCUACACCGGCUCUCCUCCAGAUACUAUACGAAUCCCUUAUGACGAGGUUAAAACCCAUACUCAGCUAGCAGAUAUCCACCGAGAACCCACCCCACUAGAGGAGGCUCUAAUUCCGAAAAAUGUUAUGUCUGCUAUAACCAGCAUGCUUCAACUCGUCCCCAACAGGCGACCUCACUCGGGCAACGCUUUCAAGUGGCUCCAGCACCCGGAACGAAAACGCAUUACUGCCCGACCUCCGGUUUUAGCUAAAUCCAUGCUGUGGCAAGCAAUGCGGACAGAUAUCUAA